AUGGCAGCUUCAAAGAUGGCAAUGAUCACAUUAGAUGCCAUGAAGACAUUAGAUGGACGUCAGUUAAAACCCAAUAGCAUUGAAACGGAAAGAAUCGUAGCUGUCUUGGAUGAGGUGAUUGCCAAGCUGGAGAUGAGCAGUUUGAUUCCAUGUAUUAUCAGCUCUCUGGACAAGUUUGCUGACAUGCUGGGACCUGAGAUCACAACCAACCUGAUCGAACACCGAAAGCUUUCCAAUGAAAUGGAGCACCUGCUGUCCAGCUCUGAAGAAGGGGACACUGCGAGAGCUGAGGAACGACGGGGCUGUGUCUGCUUGCUAGAGCAGCAUCUGAAAUGUUCUGUUAGAAACGUCCUGAGACUCUUGCUGGCCAACCCUUCGCUUUGCCAGGCUCUGAAACACGAAGCCUGGGUGAGAGGGCCACCAGCCGAAGCGUUUAUCAAAGCCUUUGGGGAGUUCAGGAGCUUCAUGCUUGAGAGACUCCUGACUAGUCCCAUGGAAGAGGAAGAGAAGAUUCAGUUCGUGGAAGACAUCUCCCUUCAGAUUGAGAAAAACACUGAAGCAAUCACAGCUUUACAGGCACAGCUGGCAGCAGCAACCCGGGCUCGAGAGGAGGAGAUUCACAAGAAGGACAACCUGAUCAAAGACCUGAAAACCAGCAUGCAGGAUCUGAUCAAAGACUGCAAGGCCAGCAUCCAGCAGCUCAAGCAGGAAGGGCAAAAACAGCGAGAAGAGCAGCUGCAGGGCUCCCAGGCCAGGUGUGCCAGGCUGCAGCAGGACAUUCAGCAGCUGGGGACACAACUCAGUGCCCUUGUACUGGAGCAUCGAGCGUCAGAGCUGGCUCUCAGAAAGAGGAAGCGCAGAGCGGAGACGGAAAUUGUGAACUGGAUCGAGAAAUAUGACACAGACAUUGGAGAAAAACAGGCUGAGUACGAGGAGUUGCAUGUUGCUUACAUGGAGGAGAAGGCCCAGCUGUCCCUGCUGAUGGAGAAACACGAUGUGCUUCUCCAGGAGUAUUCCCAGAUUGAUGAGGAGCGCAGGAUACGUCAGAAGGAGGAGGAGGAGGCUUUGAAGGAACUCAGCACCAUGACCCUUGCUGCCAUCCGCAUCCAGGCAUGUUGGAGAGGCUACUUGGUUCGAUCCCUCUUCAAGUCAAAAAGGAAGAAGAAGGGCAAAGGCAAAAAGACCAAGAAAUAA